AUGGCGCCCACUCAGAAAAGGCCGCAUGACCACCACAAUCCAACGCCACACGAUCCUGACGAUGAACGGCGGCGACGGGAGGAGAAGCGGCGGCGCGAGGACGACGACAUCGCCGAGGCGGACGCCCGUCUCGAGAAGGAUGAACGAAGGCGUCGUCGGGAGAAGCUGAGGGCGCGGAGGGCUGCGGAGGACGCACGCGUGCGGGCGGCGGUAGCGGAGUACGUCGCGGCACGGGCCCGCCAUGACGAUAGUCGGGGCCUGGAGGCGACGGGGAACGCCGUCGCAGGUAGUAGCACAGGGCCGGGGACGAGGGAGCGGGCGGCGGGAAGAGGAGAAACGGCGAGGGAGGUGGAGCCCAAAGGGCCGGCACGGGAGGUGGCAUGCCUCGGGUGCGUACAGCGCAACCUCGAGUGCCACCAGCGGCUGGUUAAGAACACCCGCACUUGCUGGGAAUGCAAGCAGCGGCAUGUGCGCUGCGGGAACGGCGCAGGUGGGGCUCGAGGUAGCGUGCAAGCAGCGCCGCCCGCAGCGAGCGCGGAACCCACCGUGGCGGAGUCGCUGGGGGAGCUUGCCGCGCAGGUCUUCGACCUGUCGGUUCAUGUGCUCGCCCGGUCGGAGGCGCUGUUGCGCCUAGAGCAGAAGAUUGACGCGGUGGCGGACGCCAUGGCCCGUAUUGCUGGCGUUGUUGGGCUGCCCGCGGACGUCGUCGCUCGGGAACGCAUGCCGCAAAUGGCAUGGGCCGCAGCAUUGCCGCCAGUACCCUCGACGAGUGGGGACGACGCGGAUGCCACGGGGGACGAGAUGGAGGUCGAUGGGGCCAAGGCUCCGUCGACGAGCGACAGCGACGGCGCGCAGGACGCAGGGCCUGCGGAUGCGACGGACGAGGAGGACGCGGAGGACACGGACGAGGGGAUGGUUUGGGCAGGGACAGGGAGGGCGGUGGAGAGCAGCAGCGAGGAGGAAAGUGAGGAGGAUAGCGGGUAG